AUGGAUCCUCCAUUUCAAGAGACAUACAAAUCCCUCUUCAACGAUUAUACCAUAGCAUCGAAAGACAAGGAUGAUAGUCUAAUGAAUGCUAAUGAUGAGUGUGAGCUGCCUCUCAUAGAUCUUCAUCGUUUGACACUUGAAUACUCAGAGAGAGAGCAAUGUGUAAAAGAGAUACAGCAGGCUGCAAGUGAAUGGGGAUUCCUUCAAGUUAUCAAUCAUGGGAUUCCACAAGAGAUGUUGAGGAGCCUUCAAUACGAGCAAAGGAAGGCUUUCCAACAUCCGUUCAGAGAAAAGGCUGAAGACAACUUUCUGAAUUUGUCUGCAAAUAGUUACAGAUGGGGAAACCCUAGAGCCACUUGUUUGAGGCAGCUCGCAUGGUCAGAAGCCUUCCACGUACCUCUCACUGAUAUUUCAAGAAUCGGUGAUGCAUACAAGAGUCUCAGGUAA